GCCCGUUCUGUGUGGAGUCAUCGACGUGCGUCAAACAUCUCAUCAUCCAUUCGGGAGAGAACGUCAGUCUGAUGCUGCCCCGAAACAGCUCCUUGACCGAUUUCCAUUGCAUCCUGGUACCCAAAGAGCACUUGCCCGUGCUCACGCAGGCGGACGAGGAUACGUGGUCGGAUUUGCAGAAACUCCGGAAGGUCCUGACCCGGAUUUUCGAAGCGGAAGAAAUGGAUUGCAUAUUCCUGCAAACGAGCGUCAAGCUUUCCCAGCGAUCGCAUGCAGUGAUGCAAUGCGUUCCGAUACCUGUGGAGUCGGCGGAUAUGAUGCCCAUGUAUUUCAAGAAAGCGAUCGAGGAGUGCGAGACCGAAUGGAGUAUGAACAAAAAAUUGGUACGUCUGACUGACGGAGGAGCCCGAUCCUGCAUACCGAAGGGGCUUCCGUAUUUCGCGGUGGAUUUUGGCGAGCAGAAUGGCUAUGCCCAUGUAAUCGAAGAUCGAGAUAGAUUCCCGGAAUACUUCGGCUUGGAAGUUAUCGGGAGUGUCCUGGAUGUGGCGCCGUCCUUGUGGUUAAAACCGCCAUCAGAAACCUUCCAGGAGCAGAGCAAGAAAGUGAUGACGUUCGAGAACCUCUGGACUAAACACGACGGAGAAAAAAAAAUCUCCUCCUGAAGGCUCAAAACGAUCGACGGAAAACCUCGCCGAACCGACGGAGGUCUGCCAUUGUGAAUAAAAAAACAUAAUAAAGCUAGCGAGUUGA